CGCCAGCAUCACGCUUCUUUUCUUGUCGUCGGAUUCAUCGAGUUUUUUCGUGGAAGGAGUCACACAACCAGGAUUAUCCUCCAUUCCUCUAACAACCACUAGCAGCAUCAUAGCCGGAAGAAAAAAGAUGUCGAACGACAGCAAAUUCUCUGCUUCCGCCCUCGGCGAACUAAAAGAAACAAUACGGUCCCAAACCAAGGAGAUCGAACGUUUAAAGGCACAGCUGGCCAAAAGCGGUGGUGGUGGCAAAUCGAAAGCUGCUUCUCAUGGUGGCGGCCACGGAGGCGACGUCGAACUCACCGUAGAAGAACUGAACAAAUACCUCCACGACCCGUUUUAUCGGGUAGGCCUGGAACGCGUGGGGUGGCUGGGAAUUUUCUUGGGAUCGCUCUCUGCAACCGCUUUGAUCAUGAACGUCUUUGAAGAGACCCUGGAAAAGCAUAUCGAACUCGCUCUGUUUGUUCCUCUUCUCGCGGGGCACGGUGGAAACACUGGUGGCCAAACGGUCGGCACGAUACUCUCAGCCCUCAGUGCCGGAACGAUCAAGGUAUCGGAUGCGCCCAAGGUUGUUUGGAAAGAAAGCUGUGCCGGUAUCCUGUCGGGUUCUAUACUGGGUGCAAUAGUUGCUCCCAUUGCCUAUAAGGUCCUGGGGGUUAGCUUUCACGUUGCCGUCGUUCUCUUCUUCACGUUGCCGCUAGUUUCCAUGAUUGCAUCUACGCUGGGUUCCAUCAUUCCCUUCAUCUGCGUUCUGGUUCGCCUCGAUCCAAGUGUGAUUGCAGCACCUGCCAUGACCAGUUUGGUGGACGUUGCGGGACUUAUGGGUUACUUCAUGAUCGCUAACUACAUAUUUAAAUUGUACGGACUGGAGCUUUGAGUGAAAGCAAGAGACACGAACCUUUCAACACACGCUUGCAGUCCCUCCGAAACAAUAUCUUCGGCUAUAAAUCGUAAAGAAAGAA